AUGAUUAACAUAAGUACGGGCGGCGCGGGAGGCGGGCGCAGCGGUGGGCACACGGACAAACUGCUGGACGUCAGGAUCGAGGAUCGAGGGUCACGGACAGAAGUGGAGGGUAGCGAGAUCGACGCCCGCCUCCGCGUGCCGCCACACGCGCGCGCCCUGCGCCGCCAGCACCGUCGAUGCGCGACCGAAUAUCGACACUUUAUCGAGAUAAAGCGCAUUUCGCGUCACUAUCGACCGUGCCCGCGGAGCGACAGGCGCCCGCGCAACUAA